UAGUGCACACAGUACGCGCCCAAGCGCGCGCCAAGCGAUUAAUUGAUCCACUAGCGCGCAAUAUCAUGUUGGUUGUGUAGCUUUUGUGCGAGUGCGAGCCGAGACAGUCGGGCUCGGUUGUGCGUUUAUUGAGUCUUUUUUCCUGUUCUGUUCCUCGUCUAGCCUCACACCUUUCCUGUCAAAACACACGCGUCUAUUUCCCCUUGUUGUGUUUUGUUCGUUCGAGGUUGGAACGGGGGGCUGGAGUCUAGAUUCGGGGUCUCGAGUUGGAGUUGGAUUCGGCACGCAACCGUCCGUAUUCGGUACUGUGUUGGGAGACUCUUCGAAUGUGUAGUUGGUUUGUUUCCGAGAGAUGAAGCAUGCAGGCUGCUGUUGCUACGCUGCUCUGCUGCACACUGAACCCCACUUGCCCACAUACCACUCCAGCUCCAGCUCCAGCUCCAGAGUAUGGAAGUCAAGCAGAGCAGAGCAGAUCGCAACUCUCGCACCAAAGAUGCCUGACAAUGCCAAGUGAUUACCAACUUCCCACCACGGACUCCAACCAUAGAGCAAGGCUGGUUGGCUGCAGCAGCAGCAGCUGCUGCUGUGCUGGUGGCUGCUUCUGGCUGGAAUGUCACUGUGAUGGACCUCGAGUUGCCGAGCCUUCCCCAGUUCGGCAUCAGCGUGUGAGCAAAGAAUUAGGCCCCCAGAUUGUCAAACUCAAAAUCUAUUUUUGUCCACCGCAAUCAAUCCAAAACAUGCCCUUCUCUCUACCUGCGCAGCAGAUAGCUCUUUCCAAAACCCAACGCAGGUUCCAAUUCCAUAGUCUUCGGUUUGAGAAUGUCUUGAAUAGCAUCGACAACUCGAUGCGUAAAACACACACUGAGAUUGGCGGGUUCAGACGGACGCCAGGUUCGAGACCUUGUCUGAGUUCUCUGAUCUAAACUGUGGAGCACAACCCGACACAACCUCCCGGGACUCGGUAGUGAAACCCGUUUUCCGAUCCCUCACGUGGCGAAGUCAGAUUUAGGGUGUGGGCUCCCAUGAGUGAGCGGGGCGGAAGGAAGGACACUGGAUGGAUUCUUACCAACGGCCCCGGGGGGUUUUUU